AUGACCAGAAAGCGCAAGCAAAUCCGAUUUGAAGAGGGCAGCGACGAGUCUUGGUCCGGUUCGUCGAACUCAUCGAGAUCCAGUGUCGCCUCCUUUCACCGAGAGUCUUACCCCAAAAAAGGGAAGACACGUAUUCCAGCAAGGCUGGUCUCGAAGCGGGCUUUGAUUGAUCUAGGCUACCCAUUUGUCGAAGAGGGUACUACGAUUAUUCUGCUUGUAGCACUUGACGAGCGCCUCAUUGACCAAGUUCUGAAGUUGAGCGAAGAGUAUCGCAAAUCAGAUAUCGAAGCCUUCCAAGACAGAGACAUAGAAGAGCCGAUAUAUCAGACAAGGAAUCGAAGCUUCGACUGGGUCAAUGUCGAAUUGCCUGCUGAAGAAGACCUACUACCAGAUGCAGGCUAUGAUGAAGUAUCGAAUGACGACCUGGACUCAGCGUUCGACGACGCAGGCCAUGACGAGCUCGAAGGCCCGGUGGCAUAUUCCGGAGUUCUCAGCCUCAACACUACAAAAGUAUUUGGAGAUAAUGGUAUCGAAAUUUCGACUGGUAGACUCCCAUCUUGGAAUCAGGAAAAGUCAGAGCUCAUCAACGGUGUUACCCACCUUUACUCAGUGCAUGCGGCAGAGUUUUACAUGGACCGGGCAGGAAACCAGAGAAUCACGCUUGUGUGCCCCAAUGAUCCUGGAAAUGGGAUCAGUGCGCCUUCUUCAGUUCGCAUGAGAUGGCUGUAA